CUGCUGCGCUGCUCGGGCGCUUAAACAGGAGCCCCUCCACCACUAGCGUGGUCGUUGCGCUCUCAGUUGUAGCUAGCUCGAACCCCUUGAGAAGGAAGCACACCAAGGUGACCAAGCUAGGAAAACCCUCCCGUGCAUCCGACCAGCAAGUGACGGUGACGCUUGGGUGUCCAUGGACGGCAAGACGCCUCAUCUGCUGCCUCUGAGUCUGAGCGCGGCGACAAAGAAGCAGAUCCGGGAUGAUGUCUGGCUGGUGUGUGGAUGGGCGCUCAUCAACGCCUUCAGCAUCGUCUUCGCCACAGCAGUCGGCCACUACAUCCAUCUCUCGUGCAGCCAGUCCUCCUUCAUCCUGCCGUGCAUCGAGCUGACGGCCGCGGAGGAGGCCUGGCUAACCGCCCUCGGCAUCGGGAUGCUGUGCUGCGCCCCAUCCGAGGCGGCCGCGGCGGCGCUGGCGCUGCUGCUCCCAUGCCUCCGUCGCCGGGCCCGCCGUGCCCUCGCCUACCUCGCGCUGGCGGUCACCGUCCUCUUCCAUUGCAUGUACGUCGGCGCCGUCUGCAUCUUCCUCGCCGCCGACCCAGGAUACAUCUUCGGCAGGAUCUAUUACACCGUCAUAUUCUGCGUCAUCGUGGUGUGCGACCUCCUGUGCUUCCGAGCCCUCCUGGGAGGUAACGGGUGGGGCAUGCACUACGUGGAUCAGCUCAUGUGAGGUACCCAUGACAGCUGAUCAGUUCUAGCUAGGGAAUAACGUAGACUAUGCGUUAAUUCUGCUGCGACGAUUCAUGGAUUAGUGCCUGUCGUACGUAUUUGCGAAUCUAGUACUAGAUGUGAUGCAGUGUUAAUAACGUAGAUCGACUCUAGUAAUUAAUUAUUCCAUUUGGGCAAUGCGCGCUGGCUAUAUAAUUAGACUGCUGGAUGGAUUGUUGUGGCUAUCUUUGAUGUUUUCGACCUUAAUUAAUUUUCUCUAUGUGAUCGUCAGACAUGAGUUAUAUGCUUAUUUAGCACCAUCUUAUCUUAGGUAUAAUUGAAGUUCCUGAAAUUGUUGCUGCA